CCCAAAAAGAUGCCCUCCCUCCGGAUUCAGUCUGUGAAGGGACCCGGCCUCCUCUGACUGAGCCAUGCCGGGAGCUGCCUGGGAUUUCUUUCCGAUGAUGCACGCUUCCCAGGACCUGCCAGGGGCUGAAAAUAGCUGGAGUGUCACCAGCCAGCCGGCUUUUAUCCAUUCGGUGGGAGCUCCUUGGGUUUGCCGUAGGCUCGGGAGUCUUCCCCACCCCAGAGUCAGAUGCUUCCUGAGCCUUGGGGAUUCUGGCAUUGACCCUCUCAUGCUUGCCUAGGGCAGGAGGCUUUGACGCUCCAGUUUCUGAGAGCUUGCCUUUUCUCUGUGCCUCGGGAGGGGGUGUGACUCAGCCCACGCCAGCACCAUGGCGUCACGCAUCGGCCUGCGGAUGCAGCUCAUGCGGGAGCAAGCCCAGCAAGAGGAGCAGCGGGAGCGGAUGCAGCAGCAGGCCAUGAUGCAUUACAUGCAGCAGCAACAGAUGCCAGUAGCACCCACACCGGCCAUCAACACUCCAGUCCCCUUCCAGUCGCCGCCAUCUGUGCCAGGAGAGGUCUUAAAGGUUCAGUCAUACCUGGAGAACCCCACCACGUACCACCUGCAGAAGUCGCGGGACAAGAAGGUCCAGGAGUAUAUCUCCGAGACAUACGGGAACAAGUUUGCUGCUCACAUCAGCCCAAAGCCUCCCCCAGCCGCCUCGCCUGGGGUGAGGCCCAGCCAUGUUAUGUCAUCUUCAGCAGGCAACAGCGCUCCCAACAGCCCCAUGGCGAUGCUCAACAUUAGCUCCAACCCGGAGCGGGAGAUAGAUGAGGUCAUUGAUGACAUCAUGCGUUUGGACGAUGUUCUGGGCUAUAUUAAUCCAGAAGUGCAAAUGCCUAACACCCUGCCGAUGUCCAGCAGUCACAUGAAUGUGUAUAGUGGUGACCCCCAGGUGACGGCCUCUCUGGUGGGCGUCACCAGCAGUUCCUGCCCUGCCAACCUCACUCAGAAGAGAGAAAUGACAGAUGCUGAGAGCCGUGCCCUGGCUAAAGAGCGUCAGAAGAAGGACAAUCACAACCUGAUUGAGAGAAGGCGAAGGUUUAACAUCAACGAUCGCAUCAAAGAACUUGGAAUGCUGAUCCCCAAAGCCAAUGACCUGGAUGUACGCUGGAACAAAGGGACCAUCUUGAAGGCCUCUGUUGACUACAUCAAGAGGAUGCAGAAGGACUUGCAGAAGUCACGGGAUCUGGAGAAUCACUCUCGGCGCCUGGAGAUGUUGAAUAAGCAGCUCUUGCUCCGUAUCCAGGAGCUGGAGAUGCAGGCUCGCAUCCAUGGGCUGCCAACCUCCUCACCCUCCGGGGUGAAUGUGGCAGAACUGGCUCAGCAAGUUGUGAAGCAAGAGGUCAGCAGAGGAGAGGAUGGGUCGACAGAGCCUCAGCAGCGUCAGCCGCAUCCUGACCAGGAGACACAGCCACAGCCAUCCCUCCCGCCACCACCUCAGUCUCCUUACCACCAGCUGGACUUUACCCACAGCCUGAGCUUUGACGAUGGCCCCAGCGGGUUCCAUGACCAGCUGGACCCUGGCCACAACGCCUCCUUCCCUUCUCUAUCCAAGAAAGAGCUGGACUUGAUGCUGAUGGAGGACACCAUGCUGCCCCUGGCUUCUGACCCUUUGUUCUCUGCCAUGUCUCCCGAGGCCUCCAAGACCAGCAGUCGCAGGAGCAGCUUCAGCAUGGAGGACACAGACAUGCUGUGACGAGGAGCCACUCGGACACUGGGGAAAAGGACUAGGAGUAAGGCCUGUUUGUGAAGACACAUCCUCACCCAGGAGGCCCCUGAUCAGCACUUGAGUCUACACCUCUCAAUGCAAGGGUGGUAGCAGCUCAAAGGUUUGUUGGGAGAACAAGACCUUAGUUGCUAUAACUACAUCUUGCCAACGUGCCAUUGACUGAGCAGACCUCCUUGGCUUGCCGUGGCAUUACAGUGUUGAAUGCAGAUUGACAGCACCGCUCCAGAGAGCAGAUCCUCAGCUGCCUUGCUUUUCAGCUAAACUCCCUGCAAACCUCGCACCCUGCAAGGGGUGGAGGCUGGAAACCAGUGUGAGGAGUCCCUCUGAAGGGAACAGGGGGGCUUUGAUGCUCAGAGCUUCCCUCUGUGAUUGUCCAUCCAUCCAGGCUUUGGCACAGGAACCUGUGCCCCCUCAAAGUCUUCCCAAGCCCUGUAUGCUGUUCCCUUCUGCUGCUGCUGGCAAUGGCUGCCUCGUGGCACCGUCCCAUGUUGGGAUUCCUCUUCCCUUCCCAAGCAGGGAUGCCUAGUAUAUCUGAGGGGAGGGCAUGGUGCUCUUGGUCACCAGGGUGCCUGGAGGCACAUUUCUCAAGGUGCAUUGGAUAAGAAAUCGGGAGGGAGAGGAGGGGACUGAUCUGAGUAAAUUCUCUAAUGGUCACGUGCAUUUUCAAAGUUGGGAGCCCUGACUUUGAGAACGUACUUGUGAUGACUGCCAAGGUACCGCUGUGCUGGGCCUAUCUCCAGUGAACCCCUAAAUCUCAAAGCGCCGUUUGGUCGAAGCCACCAAUGUGCCUGAUUUACAAUGAGAAAUUGCUGAAGUUAUCUGACCCUGGCCUUUGGUUCUGCACCAGCACUGGUGGGUGCCCACCAUUUGGCAUUCAGUAAUGCCUAAUUUAGCUGGCACUCUCAAAUGUCACUUUAAGAUUUUGGGUUUCAUGUGAACUGAAACUUG